AAUUCAGUUUUGCAUCUCUCUAACUCCAAAUUCCUGAGCUUCGAUCAAUUUCAGUGGUCAACUAUGUCUUCUCAAGAACGUGAUGUCGUUCACUUCUUCAAGGUUAUUCUUGAAAAGAACCUUCUUGGUGAUGGAUUUCUGAGAUUGCCAAAGAGUUUUGUGCAUAAAUACUGGAAAGAAAUUACGUCACGUUCUGUUUUUCUAAGUCUUCCAAACGGAGCUGAAUUGGAAGUUCAUUGGUCAAGGGAUGAAAACGGUGACGUUUUGUUUGGCCACGGUUGGAAAGAAUUUGCACAAUACGUGUCUCUCCAAGCGACACAGUUUCUCUUGUUCCGUUACGAAGUGAAAAAAACUAAUAAUAAUAAUAAUAAUAAUAAUAAUAAUAAUAAUAAUAAUAAUAAUAAUAAUAAUAAGUUUUAUGUUAUAGUUUUGGGUUCAAGUGGUUUAGAAAUUAAGUACCCUUGUUCUAAUUCUGUGUCAAAGAAAAAAAAUGAUAAUGUUAAUGUUAAUGUUGUUGAAAAAGGGCAAAAGGGUGAAAAAAAGAGUGAUGCUUGUUCUUUUGAGUUUGUUAAUGGAAAAAGACGAAAAUCUCUCUUGUCACCGCUACAAUCACCACCUCCACCACCACCACUGGUAAUUUCCGAUGAUGAAACUAGUAGUUUCAAAAGGAAGAAAAUUAUAAAAGAAGAGCCUGAAGAUUACUCUAUUGAUGGUGAAAUCAGUAACACUAAAAGAAAAAGGAGAGCUUCUAGGAGUUUUGAUUAUAUUGCCAAGGAAAAAGAUUAUGAUAACUCAGAAGUGUUGGACAAUAAAACCAUGAAGAAGUUUCAAGAGAAAGUGAAGAGUAGGUUCCAAACUGGGAAUCCCUUUUUUGUAUGUGCACUUGGGAAAACCUAUUCUGACAGAGACCUCUUGGUUAUACCAAGCUAUUUUGCUAAACCAAUUCUUGGGAAAAGAGAAGGAAAUGCAAAGCUCUUUCUUGUUGAUGAUCCGAAGAAAUGUUGGGAUGUGCAGAUGAGAAUUUCUGCUUGCAGGCAAUUUAUAAUUACAAAUGGUUGGAAGAAAUUCUCAACAUUCUAUAGUUUGAAACUUGGUGACGCUUGUGUCUUUGAGUUGGUCGAUCCAAUCGAUAUUUUAUUCAAAGUUCAUAUUCGUAGUUAUGGAGAAGACCCUUUGACUCCUAGCUCUUCUGAAUAUUCAGAGCAAGAAGGCCCUUCUUAUAGGCCUCCUUCUUCUUCUUCUUCACCAUUCCUUAAAAAGCAUAAAACUUCUAAAGCUAAUUUCGGAUUCAUGCCCAAGAAUGAAUGACUUCACCAUACACAUCAAGCAUGAACAAGUCAUUAUGCGGUGAUACCAACUGAAUACAUAAAAGAAUUACAGUGUAAGCAGUGGAACAAUUUUGCAACCUUGCAAGUUCAUGAGAAGAGAGAAUGGAAGGUGAAAUUACUUUAUUAUCCAAAUAAUGGGUAUAUAAGAUUUUCUCAAGGUUGGUCCAAAUUUACUAAGGAGUGUAAAUUGGAGUAUGGUGAUUAUUGUCACUUUGAGCUUAUUGAUUUGGAGAAUCUUAAGUUCCAAGUUUCAAUUAGAAAAGGACACUAGAGUUGGUUUAUAUUAUAUGUACGUAACACUCAGAAGAUAAAAAAAUAUAGUUUAAUAGAUAAUUUCAUUUUCCAUGAUGUAUUGAUGAUAUGAAGUUUUUUCUGUUCAUUGUAAAUGAAUUUUUAGUUGCUAA